CAUAACGGAUGGCCCAGAAGUGUAGCAGACAGCGUUACCCUUCAGCACCCGAUUUUUUUUUGCUUUCCAAAAAUUCUGUGACAGGUUGAUUGUUGUAUCGAGCCCUGGGAAGGUCCCAUACCUGGACCGAAACGUCGGCGAUGAUCUGAAAUCAGUCAACGCAAAUUAUUUCAGACUGCAAGCCAAAAGUGGUACGGUGGAUGGUACCUUACGCCUACCGCGAUUUUUCGGCUGUCUUACAUCCGAUUGAGCUCAUUUUCUGUAUGUAUUUGCGGCAUAUCAUUUUCAUUUUCAUUUUCAUUUUGCAGCAUUUGGUGGGGCAAUGAGAGCGCAAGUCAGUCCAAAGCCGAUGAUAAGGAGGGGUAAUGGCUGAAUAGUCUUUGCUGACCACAUAAACGCCAUGGGAUAGGAAAAGGGUAUUUUGGUGUGGGAUUAGGGUGUUGGUGCAGACUUGACGAUAUCAAUGCUAUUCAGAUGCAAAAUAAUUUUAAGGCUCAAUAGUGUAUCGCAUACCUUCCAAAACCAAAAAACAAUAAUCCACAAAAUACCAAGCAAGUCAUAGAAAGAAAAAGCGCCCGAUUGUUUAUUUUGUCAAUUAUAACAAACGGAAAUUUCUACCCUCUCCAACUCGCCAGUCACCCCGGAAAAAAUGUCCCUUCAGUUCUGGAAAAUAUAUUAUCCCCAAUUAAGCCUUUAAUCGACUUGUCCGCGUGGUCUUGUAGUACCCCUGCUAGGUAAGAAUCAGUCAUUGCCAUACAUAUUAAAUGCUAGACAUGACCCCAUGGAUAGCAUUUGCAUAUGUAAAAGCUUUGCUGAUGUGACUUUCCUAUUAGGCAAUUCUCUCAUCUCAUGUUUGUCUUCAAAACCUUAUCAAGCUUAGAAAAUUGAAGUUGAUAAACAAUACAUUACAAGGUUCGAAUUCCCAUAGAAUGAGAUCAUUCAUUCGCACUACAACACCAUAGGAGAUAAUACCACAUUGGCUGAUUACAGUACAAAUGUGAAAAAUCUUCCUUUUCCCCCUAUCCGCAACCCGGGGACGCGCCCUGUUGGAUUUCGAAAGCCUCGGAGAAUAUUACAAACCUUCAAUGGCAUUCCCAUAAACUAACCCACAUUGCCCAUUCAGGGGUCCGACUGGGCCUAUUACCCUCCCUCAGUUUGUAAUAUUCUCUCCAACUUGGAAUUAUAUUUUCCCGGCACAUAAAUGACUUCGACAAAUGUUCGAUAUACUAUGCAGCGUCAUGAUCAGUAUAACUAUAUCAGAUGACUUGGAGAUCUGAUUCUUACAGAAUUGUUUGCCAUUGAUUAUACAUUCAGCUAUUCUAAUCAUUACUGCAAAGGCCAUCGACCACAUGCCUGAAAUCAAAGCUUCCUGGAAGAUAUAAUCCAAGCCCAGGUAUGUAUUUGCGGCAUAUCGUAAACUAAUUAUCUUCCGAAAGUGAAAUUAAUUGGUUGAAAGACAACAGAGAAAUCGCGAUAAGCGUCAAGUGGGUGGCACCGAGUAUAACGAAUCUUGACUCUAGCUUUACCAUUACCGACGUUAAUUUCCCUUCCUUACACGAAAUUGAGGAUGGAAGUCUGUUGAAAAGGUUCUGUCUAGAAAAUCCGCAUCUAUAUGAAAAUAUUAUUGAUAUUUAUGGCACUGUGCACAUUGGGCAUUGGACAUUCCUGCCUUACCCGAGCAGAGGAGAAUAGCAAAUUGAUACCAACAGAAUCACGUAGCCUGUUUUUAUAUCAUUACUUGUUAUUGUUAACUUUUCAAAAUAUAUCUUUUUAAUAACAUGUUUUGUUGGGCGAUCUUAUUUUGUUAUGUUCAAGUUAUUGGGAUAUAUCCACAAGAUAACACUUCAAUAAAAUAUUUUGUUUUAGAACAAGUUUAGUUAUUAUUCCACUAUAGAGAAUGUACAAAUAUAUGAUGAACAAUAACACAACAAUAACAAGUUCAUAAAUUUCCUGUUAUAAGUUGUAAGUCUUCCUGGAACAUUUUUUUGUUAUGAUAGGGUAUGUGUGCCAUCAGUAAUCUCACGCUCCCAUAUUCAUCCUAUUCGAAAACAAGCGAUUACGGCACCGAUUGAUUCCGUUCUUUUUGUUUUCAUGCGUGCUCACUCCUAACAAAAAAUACAAAAAUAAGAAACAAAAAAAAACAGCGAUUCAAUCCUUUGUUUUUCGUAGGAAUAAAAUGGGAGCCACAUGUUAAUAAGGUAUCCAAUACCCUAUUUGUUAUUUUGCCGCUUAUGACAGACAAGUUUAUAACAUAAUAUGUUAUGCUAAUAACAUAAAAAUUACUGAUUCCAUUAUAAAGUUAUUAAGACAAAAUAAUAUAUUUUUUGCAAUUUCUCAUCGUAAUAGGCUGUUUUACCUCACGCAAAUCUGACAGGAAAAGGCCUACUUUCCCACACCAAAUUAACAGUGCUGUAAUGGUUCAUUACAGCACUGAUUUGCGUUGCGUAAUGAACCAUUACAGCACUGUUUUCAGUUUUGAUCAACUUCUUGAUGCUUUCUGGACGCAGUUUUGAAAAUUUGUGACAACUACACAGUUAAACCUGCUAUGAUCAGAUUUUCUAAAACAUGACUAUGAGCAUUGAUAUGCAGUUUGAAGAAAAAGUUUUGUAAAAACAAUCCUCAAGCGGUAAUUUAUAAACUUGCAAAAAACGUUGUACGCAACUCGGUGCAGAACUUGAUUUUUACAGCACUCGUCGUAAUUAUCCAACUCGGCAAGCCUCGUUGGAUAAAUGUACGACUCGUGCUGUAAAAAUCGUCAUUCUGCACCUUGUUGCGUAAACUACUAUUAUUAUGCUGUUGAUAUUUUCUUCUGCUCGGUUAAGGAAGUACUCCGUGGAUUCUGCCAAAAAAUAUCCCAAAAUUUACACCAACAACUUUUUAUAGGAUACUCUUCAGGGGAUACGAGUAAUGCUUCCAGAAAGUCGCAUUUUUUUCGAUAAAGUUUCGAAUUUCUUCACUGAUUCCGUUGAAACUCUUCUGUCGAUUCUGCAGAUGUACUCAGGAAAUCUGUUUAAAAUUUCUUAGAGGUUUCCAUUAGAGAAUCUUUCAGAAGUUUUACUUGGCCACUACCAUAAGCUUUUUUUUUGAAAAAUACACUAUAAUUUCUUAUGUUGUACUCAUUCUUCCGAUUUUUAUUCUUAAGUAUUUUGCCUAAAGCUCUGUACAGAAGCGGGUAGGUGCGAUUUCGCUGUGAAUACUGUGAAUUUUCUUCUUGACUUCUGCUAGUGGAUCAAAUUUAAGAGAUCUGACAGAAAUUACCUAUAAAGUUCCAUAAAGAAUGCCACCAGAAUUCCUUCAAAAAAUGACAUAUUUUUUCAGAAAAACCUCUUUUCCGGAAGUGACGUCUAAACAUUUACCGAGUUCUCCAGGAAUUCUUAGAGGGCCUUCAUGGACUUCUUCGUGAUUUUCAUAAAAAUCUUGCUCUCAAGAUUAUCCUAGUAAGACUCAAAAAUUCAUUCGGGAAAUCUUUCAGAAAUCUGACAAUUUCGCCUAAGAAGUAUUCAGAUUUGUCACAUGAAUUUAUCUAAAUUCAACAGAAACUACUAAAAUACCUUUCUAAAAAAAUAGUCAGCCGGAAACUCUGUUGAUGUUGCCAUUCGAUAGUACAUAUCUAUAUAUAUAAAAAUGAAUUUCCGUCUGUCUGUCUGUCUGUCUGUCUGUCUGUCUGUCUGUCUGUCUGUCUGUCUGUCUGUCUGACCGCUAUGCAUUCGGAAACUACUGAACCGAUCGGUGUGAAAUUUUGUAUGUGAAUAUUUGUAGGGCCGGGGAAGGUUCUUAGCUUGGUGCGGGACUUCUCCGGUCUCUGGAACGGGGGGCUCCCAUAUAAAUGACUUUGCGGGGGACGUCCCUACGGAGCUGUGUGUCAAAAAACACAGUAGGCAGGCAGUACGACGUUUGCCGGGACAGCUAGUUGAAUAUAUUGAAGACUUGCUUGUCACUAUGCAGUACAGACACCAUAAAGAUUUUUCCCGGUGCCUUUUCAAAUUUCUCGUGUAUUUUCCGUAUUUUUCCCGGUGAUUUCGAGUUCCCGGGUUUUUCCCUGUUUUUCCGCAUUUCCCGGAUGAAUGGACACCCUGUAAAUCAGACUGCAAAAUCGUUGUUACCGUGAGUGUAUCGGUAGUACGUAUCUUUUAGUGUAUAAGUCAUAUUCUCUGUUGUAACGUCAUCCUUUCAAAUCUCUAUUGAAGUAUUUCAACACAUUCUAAACAUAUGCAAAAUUGUUGAUGGGACAACGAGAUUCAGUCUUUUUGACGAGAUUAUAAUAUGUAACUAGGGUGUUCCCCGGAAAGUAUUUCAUACACGAAUAAGUAUCAUAGUUCGCCACAUCCUGUGAUAACAACUUGCGAAUGAAUUACAUUUUAGCACAGCAUCGCAUUUGAUGGUAUAAAUAUCACAGCGUCCUGCAGUUCAAAGCUCCAGUUCAUUUUAUAGUUUCGAAGGCGAUAUUGUGGCACUUGUGUCGUUGCUUGUUAGGAAAAAAAUGACAGCCAAAUUUAUUAUUGUGGCUUUUGCGUUAGGCUUCUGUUGUGCGGGUGAACCGGUAAAGGACGAAAAUUUUCCUAUCACAAACGAGGUACCUGGUGGAUGCGGCUUUGGUUUUGAAUUGCUGAUAACCAGAUUAGAAAUUAUUGAACAGAAGUUAGCUAAAUUUGAUAUAGUUGAACAGAAGUUGUCCAAGAUAGAAAAGAGAGUAAUGGAGAUACAAGCAAACAAUGUGUUCUGGUCAUGUUCGGAAGAACCAUCCAAAAUGUCGGGGAAAUAUCGACUACAGCCCGAUGCCAAUGAACAACCGUUUGUGGGAUUUUGUGAGCAGGAAAAGUUUGGUGGUGGAUGGCUCGUAAUUCAACAUCGUUUCGAUGGAUCGGUUAAUUUCUACCGUAACUGGACGGAGUAUAAAAAUGGUUUCGGAAAAAUUGAAGGCGAGUUCUGGAUUGGGCUCGAACGGUUGCACAAGUUGACAAAGAAUAAAAAUAUUACCUUGAUGGUGGAAAUCGAAGACUACGAUGGCAAUUAUGGUUAUGGUAGUUAUAACAGUUUUGAAAUAGGCGAUGAAACUGAGAAAUAUGCGCUGAAACGACUUGGAGCGCAUGCAGGAUCUAUAAAUGACUCAAUGAGAACUCACGAGGGAAAAAUGUUCACAACGCGAGACAGUGAUAAUGACAGGUCGUUCGGUAAUUGUGCACAAGAAGAAGGUGGAGCUUGGUGGUAUAACAGAUGUGGUAAUACUAACCCAAAUGGGCCUUUCCACAAGCAAAAGGGGCAAUGGCAGAAGCUUUACUGGCAUGGUCACAAAGAUGGAGUUGAGCUGAAGUUCUUCAGAAUGAUGAUCAAAUAAAAAAAAAAACAACAAAACUAUUACCCAGAGUUCUCAUAUCAUAUUAUCUAAUAAAGUGAAAUAAUGAU